CUUGAUUAUGCUUGUGAGCAUAACAUCCAUAUACUGUGCUAUCCUACACAUGCAACCCAUGUCUACCAGGGCCUUGAUGUUGUUACCUUCAGCCCUCUCAAGCGCUUCUGGACAGAAGAACAAGAUCAAUAUGAAACCUCAAAAUGGCAAAAGGUUACAUUUCCAUCUAUACAAAGGCACACAAGCGGGCCCUGA